UUGGGCGUUGCUGUGAUGUCGGAAAGAGCGUUCUUCAGACAUCAGGACCAGGUGCUUUUCAAAGCUGUGAAGCGAGUUUGGGGCGAGCAGCAGUUUGCCAUGCUCUGUCUGCUACAGGCAGAAGGGGAACCCAUCGUGUGUGGUGGUGACGGGCGUGCCGACACCCCAGGGCAUUGCGCUAAGUACGGCACCUACUCAACAAUGGAGCUCCGGAAAACAGCUGUUAUUGACGUACAACUUGUACAGAGCAAUGAGGUUGGAGGGUCCUACCACAUGGAGAAAGUGGGACUGCAGCGAUCCCUUGAGAAAGUCCAGGGCUUUGUGGAUGUCGGAACUCUCGUGACAGACAGACACAUAGGCAUCAACAUGAUGAUUAGAGAGGACCAUCCAGACAUCACGCACCAGUUUGACAUAUGGCAUGUAGCCAAGAGUGUCAAGAAGAAGCUGCAGAGCUUGGACAAACUAGAGGUUGCCAGGACCUCAAACCCUGGGUGGGGAAGUAUUAUAAACCAUCUGUACUGGUCCGUGGUCUCGACGCCUCCUGGCAGUGGACAACUUGUGGUGGACAAAUGGACAUCAGUCAUCGAUCACAUCCACAACAGGCACACCGGGUUCGAGGGACUGUUCUCUUCUUGUGCGCACGGAGUCCUGGAAGGCAGGGAACAGCGUAAACCGUGGCUGAGUUGUCAUACGAAGGUGUCUAUUGAAGUGGAGAAGAUCAUCCGGAACAAGAGGCUGUGUGCAGAUAUACAACGCCUGUCCCCGUCACACCAGACAUCCUACCUCGAAGCAUUCCAUAGCGUGAUUACCCACUUUGCGCCAAAGAUGUGCCACUUUUCAUACAAAGGAUGGAGAGCAGAGGGAUCCUGGCUGCUUUGCAUUUCAACGAGAAUGCCAACAGGGAGCAGCGGAGCAGACACGAUGGCGAGAUGAUGUUCAACCUGCGGUAUCCAAAGUAUAAGAAGGGCGGCUACAUUGUGAGGAAAGUCUUACAGGAGCCAUCUUUUGGCUAUGCUGAAGAGCUGAUGCGGAUGGUGGAGGCCAUGUGUCGAGGUGAGGACUACAACGGUGAUGACUUUGACAUCCAGACCCGUCCCCUGUUACAGAGCCACUCAAUGCAUCAUUCGAAAAGCCGGAUAAGAGGGCAGCAGUCAAUGCACAUAUGACCCGCUUUAGCAUUACAAAUAACAC